CUAGAGAAGUAUGUCAUGACCAAAUUGUUCGACCGCACGUUUGGGACUUCCACUGAGGAUGUUGUUUCCGACAUGGACAUCUCGGAGAAGAUUGGUCUCUUGCAGCAAUUUGUUAAGCCUCGUCACUUGGAUAUACCCAAGGUCCAGCAUAACGAGGCAUUGUGGCUGCUUGCAGUGAAAGAGCUGCAGAAGAUUAAUUCCUUUAAAGCACCACGUGAGAAGCUUCUGUGCAUCAUGAGCUGCUGUCAAGUCAUCAAUAACUUGCUUCUGAACAUAUCAAUGUCAAAUGAUCGAACAUUAUCUGGAGCUGAUGAGUUCCUUCCUAUUCUUAUCUAUGUUACUAUCAAGGCCAAUCCUCCUCAGCUGCACUCAAAUCUGAAGUUCGUUCAGCUCUUUAGAAGAGAAACAAAGCUAAUUUUAGAAGUCGAAUAUUACCUGACUAACCUCAUUUCAGCAAAGAUGUUUAUAAUAGAUGUCAGUGCUCACUCGCUCUCAAUGGAGGAAAGCGAGUUUCAGAAACAUAUGGAAUCGGUAAGACUUGCUACUCAAGUAUCUGUUGCAAGCCCAAGUAGCUCACAGGGGCUUCCCACAUCUACAAGGGCAAAUCAGGAGGAAACUCAUAUGGCAGGUUCUAGAUUCCCUUUCAUGGACUCAGAAACUGAAAGCUUGGCUCCAGGGGAAGUCAAGCAGCUGCAUCAAUAA